GGCAGACGCCACAGAGCAGGCAGAACUGUGUAUCGCAUUAAUUCGAAGUGGGUCGAUAUAAAUAUUUGAACAAUUACGGGGUGUCAACAGAACUUGUGACAUUUUUUUUAUUACUUUCUGUUUUAUCGUUUGACGUUAACAAUGAGAGCGUUUAUGAUUCUUGCUUUUGUGGUCGUAGUUAGUGCUCGUCCAGAGGCCGGCUAUAAUUAUAAUGCACCCAACCGUGGUCAGCAGGGUGGUGGAAGCGGUUUUGGUACCAGUAGUGUUGGAACAAGCAGCUUCAACACCGGAUCAGUAAUAGGACUUGGUGCAGGAGGUGGUUAUAAUGGAGCUGCGUCGGGUGGUUUCAGUAGUGGAGCAAAUUAUAACGGCGCGAGUUAUAGUGGUGCUAAUUAUAAUGGUGCAAGCAGUAACAGUGGAAGUUUCGGUGGUGGAUUUAGCAGUGGAGGAUCGUCAGGAGGUUUUUCUAGUGGAGUAUCGUCAGGAGGCUUUGCUAGUGGAGUCUCAUCUGGUGGCUUCAGCAGUGGAGUAUCAUCAGGUGGAUUCGCUUCUGCCCCACAACAAACACUAAUUCAAAAGCACAUCUAUGUGCAUGUUCCUCCACCGGAGCCAGAAGUUGUUCGGCCACAACAGCAAAUUCAGGCCGGAGUUGCACAGAAACAUUACAAAAUUAUUUUCAUCAAGGCUCCAUCACCUCCAACUCCAUCCGCCGCUCAAAUUGCUUUAGCCCAACAGAACCAAGAAAAGACAAUUGUUUAUGUGCUAGUAAAGAAACCCGAUGAAAUUGGAGAUAUUGCUAUCCCAACUAUUGCACCAACUCAACCAUCGAAACCAGAAGUUUACUUCAUCAAGUACAAAACAGCUCACAGUGGAGCUACCGGUGGAUCUGCAAUUUCCGCAUCGACAUCGGGAAGUGGAUCAGCUGUGGGUAUUGGAGGUGGACAGAUUAGCAGCGGAAGUGCAACAAGCAUUAGCGGUGCGCCAGCUGCAAGCUAUGGACCACCUGCACAAAACUACGGACCACCCGCACAAUCUGGACCAUAUUAAAUUUUAAAUUUAAAUUCAAUUUAAAAUUUGAAUCACUAUUUAUGUACAUAUGUGUUACGUUGUUUUCUUUUUAUAAAGACAUUAUUUCUAUAUGUAAAUAUUUUACAAAUAUUUUUAUUUAUAAUUUUUUUGUAAUUAUUAUUUGAACAUAAACAGUAUUAGGCACCUCUCAUGAUAUUACUAUAAACAUUUACUGUUUUGUUAAAUAAAUAAACAAGUGGUUGUUACGAA